AUUCCCAUACAGAGAUGGAUAGGCUCACAACUCUGGCUUCUCAAAGGGCAGUUGUAAUCUUCAGUAAUAACUCAUGUUGUAUGUCCCAUACUAUCAAGACUUUGUUCAGGGAGCUUGGAGUGAACCCUGCGAUUUUCGAGCUCGACGAAGACCCAAGAGGUAGAGAGAUUGAGAGAGCUCUUCAAAGCCUUGGAUGCAACCCUUCAAUACCAGCUGUGUUCAUAGGGGGUAGAUUAAUGAUAUCUUCCACCAAUUCUUCAUCCACUAAAGAAAUAAUGCAGCUUCAUCUUGAAGGUUCUCUAGUACCAUUGCUGAGAAGUGUAGGAGCCAUUUGGCUUUGAUGAUAAUAUAUGAUCAAGCUCUGUUACCAGCUACAAUAAGAUCAUAUAUUGUUCAUAUUGUGACCCUUAAUUUCCUUCUUAAUCUCUCAUCUUUCUCAAGGAAAAAAGAAAUAAAAUAGACC